AUGCGCACCUGGACAGACGACUCCAAUUGUUCUUAUAACUGUAGCUGGGAUGAUAAUUCGAGUUUUUGGAGCGACGAACCUCCUCUGAACAAUUUUCCUGUUCCAGUGUUGACCGGUGUUUCAAUAAUAUGUUCUUUUUUAUUUCUAGUCGGGGUCACAGGUAAUGUAAUGACAAUAUUAAUGGUGAUCAAAUACAGAGACAUGCGUACAACCACUAAUCUUUAUCUAUCCAGUAUGGCAUUGUCGGAUCUUCUGAUAUUUCUCUGUAUGCCCCUUGACUUAUACAGAGUCUGGAGAUACCGUCCCUGGUAUUUUGGAGACCUUCUUUGCAAAUUGUUUCAAUUUGUGAGCGAGGGCUGCACGUAUUCAACCAUCCUGAACAUCACCGCCUUGAGCGUGGAGAGGUACUUUGCGAUCUGCUUUCCUCUUAGGGCCAAAGUUGUGGUCACCAAAGGGCGUGUGCGGGUUAUUAUUCUGAUACUUUGGACGGUGGCAUUAUUGUGUGCGGGACCCGUGUUCGUCUUGGUUGGUGUGGAGCAUGAAAACGGAACAAAUGCAUGGAUAACAAGUGAAUGCACUGCGACAAAGUACGCAAUACAAUCCGGACUCUUUACCAUCAUGGUGUGGGUAUCGAGCGUGUUUUUCUUCUUGCCUGUUUUUUGUCUGACUAUAUUAUACAGUCUUAUUGGACGCAAACUGUGGAGGAGACCCAAUAUUUCUACCCGAGACAAAAACAACAAGCAAACUGUGAAAAUGUUGGUGGUGGUGGUGUUCGCAUUUGUACUGUGCUGGCUGCCCUUUCAUUUGGUUCGCUACCUGGUAUCCAAGUCGUUUGAGACAGGCUCUCCGUUGAUGGCUGCCAUCACGCAAUAUUUCACCCUCAUCUCCGUGGUCCUCUUCUACCUGAGCGCAGCCAUCAACCCCAUACUCUACAACAUCAUGUCAAAAAAAUACAGGGAUGCAGCAUGCUCACUUUUUGGCAUUAAGAAAACAACACGAAGAACAGCGUCAUCAGUCAAGGGCGGAAGUUCCCCAGGGUUGACGGAGUCAAGUGUCAGCAUGUGA